UGAAAGAACACACUUGGCAAACACAGGAUGCAUACAGGAAAAAAAAAUGCAGUUCCUAAAAUGUCAUGUGAGGGUUUUCGCAGUCACUCCAGAGACAGAAUUGAUGGUAGUUGCUCCAACACACUGAAAUCACUGCUUCGCUCAGCUGCAGAAUGGCUCAAGUUCUGGACAACAGCACUUCAGAAGAACAGGCUGCUGUAUAUUAUGCAUCAGAAUCAAUUGUCUGCAUUGCAAUCUUCACCAUAAUUUUCAUCAUAGGUAUCCCAGGCAAUGGGUUGGUGAUCUGGGUAGCUGGUGUGAAAAUGAAAAGGUCUGUGAACACUGUCUGGUUCCUAAACCUUGCUGUGGCUGAUGUCAUGUGCUGCUUGUCCUUGCCAUUUUUCAUUGUUCACCUGGCCCUUCAUGAACACUGGCCCUAUGGCUGGUUCCUCUGCAAAGUCAUUCCAUCAGUCAUAAUCUUCACCAUGUUUGCUAGUGUCUUCCUACUUGUGGCCAUCAGCAUUGAUCGGUGCCUUCUGGUGAUGAAACCUGUCUGGUGUCAGAACCACCGAACAGUGAAAUUUAUAUCACUAAUAUGCAGUGGCAUUUGGAUGCUGGCCUUCAUUUUCUGCUGCCCUGUCUUCUACUACCGUGAGACAACCACUUAUGAGGGCAAAACAGAGUGUGGGUACAAUUCUGGAGUUGAUGAUUACAUAGAUGAUCCUGUAAAUGUAUCUAUAAAUGAGUUAUUGGAAGAAUACUCAAUCUACAAUCAUAGUGACUUGUGGGGAGAUACCAAUGAAGGUAAUGAUUCUGUACCCCUUGCCUCAGUGGUAAUAAACAUCACUAGGGCUGUCUUUGGCUUUGUGCUCCCCUUUGGCAUAAUGGCAGUUUGCUACGCCCUCAUUGUUUUCAGAACACAUGCAAAUCAGUUUCACAACUCACAUAACAGGAUCCUGCGAACAACUGUGUUUGUGGUAGCUGCAUUCUUCAUCUGCUGGGCUCCGUACCAUGUAGUUGGGAUGCUCUCCCUUGUACCUAGUCUUCGAACAAGACUGAUGGAGUCACUGAUUCUGUGGGAUCACCUCUCUACAGCACUUGCCUAUGCCAACAGCUGCAUCAACCCCUUGCUUUAUGUUUUUGUGGGACGGGACUUCAGGGCAAAGGUACGGCAGUCAUUGCAAAGAAUCUUGGAAGGUGCCUUUAGUGAGGAACUCACAUCUUUAGCCUUUCACAGAAGCCAGACUUCAGCAGACAAGAACCUGAGCAGCACCUUGUAAUGCAGGACUAUCAUGACUGUAGAAAGAACAAGCUAUAGCACUGCAAAUCAAUUAUUCUCUGCUUUAGCAGGUGUUUUUAAUCCAAUAUGUUUGAUUAAUCUGCUGCUCCAACCCAGGACACUGCAAGCAUUCAGCUCAUAACAGAUAACCCUCUUUAUAUCCUACAUUAGAGACAUGGGAAGUUGGAAGCACAGAGCAAUUGUUACAGAGUAAUAAUCUGAGGGAUGACUAGUGAAGCAGAAGACACAGUAUUUCAACCUACACAGACUAUUUUAAGAAACUGGGGAUGGCUACAGACUUGUGGUGGGAAUCAUGAAGUUGAACCUCUCAACUGAGAUAUAAGAAUGUUAUUUUAUUUGCAUAUGUCUGUGUUCUACAUCUCCUGUCUCUGAUAAAAGUGCAGUUUAAACUAA